AUGGUACGCCAACCGAAGAAGCUGACGGACUGUCCGGAAAAUCUCCGGGAGUCCAUUGACUGGCUGAUCCAGGUUAAGCAUGGGAAUGGUAAUGGCAAGGGCCUUGAUGAGUUGGCCAAAGCUUUGAAAAAGCUGAUUGGUGAGGCUAUUCAGAGCGCUACUGAUAGUCUGAUAAAUAGGGAAACUGAACUUAAAUGCGGUGAUAAAUAUUCUACUGAGCAUCACAACAAGCAUUGUGAGAAACUUCAAAAGGAAAUUGAAAAAGAAAAAGAAUCUAAAGACGAAGAUAAAAUAUCUAAGGCUAAAUCCAACUACAAUAACCAUUAUAAUGAAGUUCAUUACCUUACUGAGGAUGCCAGGGGGAAAGCCUUGGGGGAUAUUGAGGAGAGGCAGAAGACACUUAAGGAUCUUCAAGGUAAGCUUGAAGGUUUCAUUGGAAAAGAGAAGGAUAAUCCUGCAACAGAAAUACUAAAAAACCUCACUGACGGUUUAGAAAAGUUCCUAGGCUUCAAUCCAUCUUCCAAAGGCUACGAUGGCUCCGGCAUCGUGUACUCUGACCUUGACAGGCUCUGCGACGGGGUGAUGGCGUUUUUGCACGGGGUGCUCAGUGGAGUGAAGGAUGAUGAUGCUGUCAAUUUAUUGAUCUUUUCCAUGCCCUUUUAUACUUGUUUCUUUUCUCCAAUCCUUAUCAGUUAG